AUGACCCUAUAUCUCAGAUUCUGCCCAGUGAGCACCAUUUGGAAACGGAAACAAAAACUUCAACUUUUCACGACCCUCUUGCAAGCUUCGGAACCCCAUCCCUCUCACGUGAUAUCCACCAACAUCUCCAUCGCUCACCUUGCCAAAACAGGGAAACUCAAAGAAGCACGCCACAAGUUCGAUGAAAUGCCGCUUAGAACAAUUUCCUCAUGGAACACCAUGAUUUCUGGCUACUCCCAAUGGAAGAAGUACACCGAAGCUCUGGCUCUUGUUUCCUUCAUGCACUGCUCUUGCGUCAAGUUCAAUGAGAUUUCUUUUUCCGCAGUUUUAAGCGCGUGCGCACACGCUGAGUCUUUGUUUCUUGGAAGACAGGUUCAUUCAUUCCUUUUGAAAUCUGGUCACGAAAGGUUUGGCCUUGUGGGGAGUGCUUUGUUGUAUUUCUAUGUGCACUGCUUUGGAAUUGGAGAAGCUGAGUUGGUUUUUGAAGAGCUUCGUGAUGAGAAUCACGUGUUGUGGAGUUUGAUGCUUGCAGGGUAUGUGCAGUGCGACAUGAUGUGCCAUGCUAUGAAAAUAUUUGAAAAGAUGCCUGUUAGGGAUGUUGUGGCUUGGACUACGUUGAUAUCGGGUUAUGCGAAGAGGGAAGAUGGGUGUGAGAAGGCUUUGGAUUUGUUUGGGUGUAUGAGGAGGAGUUCUGAGGUGUUGCCUAAUGAGUUUACUUUGGAUUGUGUUAUAAGGAUUUGUGCUAGACUCAGGAUUUUGUAUGCAGGGAAGGUUGUUCAUGGACUUUGCAUUAAGGAAGGUUUUGAUUUUGAUAACUCAAUUGGUGGUGCUCUUGCUGAAUUUUAUUGUGUUUGUGAAAAUGUAGAUGAUGCCAAGAGAGUUUAUGAGAGCAUGGCAGCAGAAGCUUGUUUUAACGUUACUAACUCGCUAAUUGGUGGUCUUGUCUCGAUGGGGAGGAUCGAAGAAGCUGAGAUGAUCUUUUAUAGAUUGAGAGAGAAAAAUCCGAUCUCUUACAAUUUGAUGAUUAAAGGUUAUGCUAUGAGUGGUCAGUUUGAAAAAUCGAAAAAGUUGUUUGAGAGAAUGAGUCUCAAACAUUUAACCUCCUUAAAUACUAUGAUUUCUGUGUAUUCCAAAAACAGUGAACUUGAUGAAGCUGUGAAGAUUUUUGACAAAACUAAAGUUGAAAGAAACUGUGUAACGUGGAAUUCUAUGAUGUCGGGUUACAUUCAUAAUGGUCAGCACUAUGAGGCAUUAAAAUUGUAUGUGACUAUGCGCAGAUUAUCAAUAGAGUAUAGCAGAUCAACGUUCUCUGUCCUAUUUCGUGCCUGCGCAUGUCUUUGUUCAUUUCAACAAGGACAGUUGCUUCAUGCUCACUUAGCCAAAACACCCUACCAGCAGCAUGGACAGCUCUUAUUAAUGGUUAUGCAUAUCACGGACAUCUUGAUGUUAGUUCAAGGAGUUGUUCCAAACGCUGCUACUUUUGUUGCUGUUCUUUCUGCCUGUAGCCAUGCCGGUCUAGUUGAUGAAGGUUUGAAAAUUUUCCACUCAAUGCAGAAAAGCUACAAAGUAACCCCAACAAUAGAACAUUACACAUGUGUGGUGGAUCUUCUUGGCCGGUCAGGCCGCGUGAAAGAAGCAGAUGAGUUUCUCACACAAAUGCCUGUUGAAGCAGAUGGUGUAAUUUGGGGAGCUUUGCUUAAUGCCUCGUGUUUUUGGAAUGACGUGGAAGUGAGAGAGAGGGCUUCUGAGAAGUUGUUCAGUUUGGAUCCAAAUCCAAUAUCUGCUUUUGUUAUGCUGUCAAACAUGUAUGCAUUACAAGGUAGAUGGGGGAAGAAGACAAAAAUUAGGAAGAGAUUGCAGAGUUUGGAAUUGAGAAAAGAUCCAGGGUGCAGUUGGAUAGAGUUGAACAACAAUAUUCAUUUGUUCUCUGUAGAAGAUAAAACACAUCCUUGUUCUGAUGUUAUUUACGAAACUGUAGAGCAUUUAACAGCAACCAUUAACUCUAUUAUAUCCAUAUAAUAAUCUCUAUAGCAGCAAUGGUA